GGUUUCCCGGGAUUCGCGAAUAUUUAGUUCAAUCAUAAUGUUGGAAAAACUGCGUUUUAAACUAUUUUUCGCCAAUAAAUUAUUUUGAGCGGUCGACCUUCAAUCAGUAAAAAAGCUGUUUUGAAUUUUUUGAUUGGCUGUAAACUACAUGGAUGAUAAUAAGUAACUACGUUGUGCAGUAAUAAAGUUAGGUUAGAAGUUAACGUUAGAGUCUUAAAAUAGAUCUGCUGCAGGCUAGUUGUCCCUCGAAUCCCAGAAGUUUAGCUGAUACAACAUAAACAGCCCAGCUUCCUUUAUACAUGUUUUGACGCAGUGAUACUACAUUAUUUAUUAAAUAUUGUGAUAAUUUUACCGACGGCACAUCUUAUACUUCGUUUUGAGCCGCUAAUGCUACAAUCUGCUGCAUUGGAGUACGACUGUGUUGACCAAACUUAGAGAUAAACAGAGUAUUUACGGGGGCGUUUUACAUUUUUCACUACACUUAUUUCUUCAUCAAGAAACAGUAAUAGUGGAAUGGGACAAAGGGACUGGAGACCUUUUGUCUACGGGGGCAUUGCAUCGUGCGUCGCUGAGUUUGGUACCUUCCCCAUUGAUACAACCAAAACUAGAUUGCAGAUCCAAGGACAGAAGUGUGACAAAAACCAUGCUAGUCUCAAAUACAGGGGUAUGGUCGAUUGUUUUCUGAAGAUAGCCAAACAGGAGGGAUUUAUUUCACUAUAUUCUGGGAUAUGGCCAGCAGUUCUACGACAAGCCACUUACGGUACCAUUAAAUUCGGAACUUACUAUACUUUGAAGAGGAUCAUAGUUAAUUAUAACGACGGGAAGGAAAGUGUCACGGCGAAUGUUUUCUGUGCAGUAACAGCGGGAGCGAUUUCGAGUGCCAUUGCCAACCCCACGGAUGUACUGAAGGUUCGCAUGCAGGUGGCCGGUACUCACGGCAGUACGAACAUAGGAUUGGUGGACUGUUUCAGAGACGUGUAUACUCAUGAAGGAAUCUCAGGAUUGUGGAGGGGCGUUAAUCCGACAGCACAGAGAGCAGCUGUGAUAGCGGCGAUCGAAUUGCCAGUUUACGAUUUUUGUAAGAGUCAUUUGAUGAAUCUUCUUGGUGAUAAACCUAUUAACCAUUUUAUAUCUAGUCUUAUUGCUAGUUUAGGAAGUGCUAUUGGAUCAACCCCCAUUGAUGUGGUUCGGGUAAGUAAAACAUAAUUCGUAUGUUAGAUCAUCAUUUUUCAUACUUUAACUACAUAUUUAUACAAGGUAAAUAUUGUCGAAUGCUGGCUCCAAAUCAAUAAAUAAGUACUUUGUUAAAUUGAAUGCUUAAGUCAUAUUUAGAAUACCAUGUGUCAUUUUCUCUUUCAAAAUUGAACUUUGCUUCUAAAUAAUUAUCUUUUCAUUUGUUUAUUGCAGAACCAAAUUAUGUAUAUCUCUUAUUGUUUCCAUGGAUUAGGUGAUAAAACAGAAAUCAUACUUAUAAUUAAAAUGUUCUUAUUCAAUGAAUAUACAUUUUUCCAUAUCAUCUAAAGUAUAUAUUCUGAGAAAAAAUUACAGUAAUGAACAUACUGUGUAUUUUUACCUGAUACCUUCUUGAAUUUGACAUUGUUUCAUUGUCUAAGACAAUUCUGUAUAUCGGAAGCAAACUGUCCUAAGUCCAAUUUAUCGAUUUUACAGGAGAACGAAUUAACGGUUUUCGGUGAAUAUUUGGAAUUAUUAGAGAUAUAAAUAAAUAAUGAAUAACCAGUUUUUUCUAAGCAAUUAAUAGUACAGGUAGAGUAUUAUAAUCCACCAAUUUCAAAUUUUUGCAAUAUUCUAAUUUUACAAAAAAAAUGGACUUAGGACAGUAUGCUUCUAAGUUGUAUUUUUUUUUUCCGAAAACAUUUUUAUAAUAAGUCACCUGUCCUUAUUGACAAUAAGUAAAACGAAUAUAGAUAUACUAAUUUCAAUUUAUUAAGAUUAAAAAAAGUUAAAACAGAAAGUAAAAUAAACAUGAACUAAAAAUUUUAAAGUACGUAUUAGCUUAAAUAAAUUUUAUUGAUCAACAUCUCCUUCUGGAUAAUCGUUCCGAUUUAGAGCAUGUGGUAAGCUUCGAUAGUAUUCGUGAAACUCCGAUGGUACAAAAGGCAAUAAAUCCAUGAGGUCAUUAUAUUUUGCUGUUGAAAUAGGCACUAGCCUUUGAUUUAUUUGGUCCAGAUCCAUCGGUAAGGUAAGUUCGGUUCUUGUGUUUCUUCUCAAAUCUACUUCCUCGAAAUUCGUUGCUUGAAAUGAUGUUUUGUAGUACAGUAUUCCUAACUGGUCUUUUCUAUACUGCAAGUGAACUACUUUAGACAAUAGGAACGGCUGUUUAUUACGAUUAAUUUUUCGAGCAACGAAAGGUGCAGCAUUUGAAGAACCCCUUGCAACGGUAUACAUUGGAUCAAAAGAUUUAAAGUCGGCCAAUUCUAAGUUUAUUACUUUAAAUUUUGAGGAACAGUGACGGAUAAGUUGCUGCCAAUCCCACGGAGUUACAACUGUCAUUGUAGGAGUUUUUUUUCGCUGUUUUUCUAUUUGUGCAUGAACGGUGUCAGCUUCCAUGUGACUAUGUCCUUUUAAAAGAAAUUUUUGAUCAAUGGUUUUAAGCUGUGGAUAUUUAUUUAGAAUGAAAUAAAAGCCCAUUACGAUGCUGCUGUUCUUAUUUUGGCCAAAGCAAUUAUCAGACCAAAGCGUUAUGUGCUCUAUAUUAGAUCCAGGUAAGUUUAGAUCUGCCCAUUUUACCAAAGCUGAUGCCAACUCAUUCCCACCUCUCUUACCUUUUGAUUCGUCCCACAUCAUACACCAGGCUGAAUUAUUUGAGGAAUCAAAAAUUGUAUAAUUUAAAGUCCAAAGCUUUCUUUUAUAAAAAGUAAGCGAAUUGGUCAACAACGGUGUAGGUAAACAUUUUUGAAGAUCUGCUGUGAGUACCUUAUGUUUGCAAUUUUCUUUAGUUUCAUUUGUGUCUGAGGAUUUGAGAUUAUACCUACGUUCUGCAUCUUUCAGAUGUAAAUUUCUUUCAUUGUUUAUACGUUCUGCAUCAGUGUCGUGUACUGCUGUCUUUAACUGUGCUAAAAAUAAAUCACACGUAUCACAAGUGUCCACUUCUGGUGGUUUAAAAGUGAGAUUAAAUUUUUUAUUAAAAAUAUCCCUAUACAACCAUAGUUUUGCUACAUCGUCUAAAUGAACGUGUUGUUCAAAGCAAUAUUCUUUAUAGAGCGUAUACAUUUGCUGCACUGACAACUGAGGACCUAAAUAUGCUGUCUUUGAUCUUUCUCGAUUGUAGUGGCUUUCAUAUUUAGGAAAUGAGGAAAUAUGUGAUACAACGGAAUCGAUUACAUGCUGCUGAGUUGUAUUACUAGGUGUAUGCUUACCUCUCUUGUCAGCCAUAACUAUGCCUCCUUCUUGGCGCUUUGCUAAAGCGGUCUUCACUACUGACUGCGAUAUGCCCAAUGUAUUCACAAACAUGCACUUACACACUACAAUUUUUACACCAUUUACUGUUAAAGUAUAUACCAAGGUGUUUUUUCUUGCUUUUGAUUCGUCUCCUAAUCGCAAUCUUUGUCUAGCUGUAGGCUUUGUUUCUAUACAGGAUAAAAUGAACUGCCUUUUUACAUUAUAAUCUUUUUCGUCAUUCCAAUAAUAAUUAAAAAUCUCAUCUCUCUUUUCUUCAGUUAUUUUGGAAUAACAUUUCAUACGACACGAACAAGCAGCUUUUUUCUUUCUUUCAGGCAUCUCUUUUCCGCUUUUACUGAGAUAGGAUCUACCGGCAGCAUACUCCCGUUUUCGCUUAUUUACAAUCCACUCGGAAACAUGCCUUAAACGUUUCUUUCCAACUUGUUUUGUAACAGAUUUUCUGGAAACUUUUCUUUUAUUAACUUGCUUAUUUUCUACAAGAACGUCUGGUUGUUCAACGUUAUCUUCUGAAUCAUAAUCAACAUCAUUAAUAGGAUUAUAAUCUUUAUCUGCUAUAGAAUCAUCAGAGUCGCUCAACAAAAGGUCAUUUUCUAAGAGAGAAAACUGUUUUUCAUACGUCUUCAUUUUGGAUGACAUAGUAUCUACAUCUUGACCGAUCUCAGUUACUUGCGAGGUACUAGGUUGGUUUUCUUUUGACGUAUCUGAAAAAAAAAUAUAUUAACCAUAAAAAUAUAUUUCUAAAUCAGUUUUAUAUGAAGAAAAUUUUUUUUAAUUCCUUAUUUUAUCCUAAGAACUAUAAUAUUAGUAAACGAAUUACUUACCAUCCAUUAUGGAGUCAAGCGCUAAAGAUAAUAAACGAUGUCCUCGGCCACUCAUAUUUACAAAUUAUAAAAACUAUUCACGAAAUUAUAAAAACUAUUUUCGUCAAUAACUACAAAUUUUCAGAGUUUUUAAGAUAUAACCAAAAAUAAUAACCACGUGUUUUUCACUCAAAGCGCAACGAAACAAUGAACGGAAUUUAAUGUUUGAUUAUGAGAGCGACGUUAAUGUUCGGGGCUGUUCGUUUUACACGGACUUAAACUACUACUGGCGGUUUACAUAGAUAGAGGAAUACUGUCCUAAGUCCAACUUAGGAUUAUAUGCCUCUAAGGAGGUACGGACUUAAGACGAUGUUAUUUUAACUAUUUUCUUUUUAUAUUUAAAAUGGACUUAGUAUUAUAUACCACUAAAUAGAUUGUAAAAAUGUAAACAAACCUACAUAAAUAAGUCCAAUACGUAAAAAUUGGACUUAGGACAGUAUGCUUCCGACAUACAGAAUUAAACCUACAAAAUGGCUUAAAAACAAUUUUGUAAUAAUUUUAAGAUAUUUGUCAAUUUUGUCCUUUUUCCAAUAUAAUCCCAGCUACUAUGUGAUGCUUUACCUCUUGUACAUGUAAUGCUAGUCCAUCUCUGUAUCUAUAGAAAAGGACUUUUAAGCUUCUUAUUUGGCACAUUUUUUAUAUAUAGAUAAUGAAUAUUGUUGAAGAAUUCCUACAAGUUAAUAGUUAUCACAGUAUUAAGAUCUUCCAGCAAUGAAAAAUGUUUCCCCUGUUCCCUAGUAUUACUGAACACAUUUCACAAAAUUCAUGUAUCCUGUACAGGUAACUAAUAUUGUUAUAUAUGGAUAUUUCAAUAUUGUCAUAUAAUAUGUAUAUUUCUAGACCCGACUUAUGAACCAAAGAAAACUUAAACGCUCCGGUAGUCAGUUGCCUAGUCACAUUUAUCGAGGAACGUUGGAUUGCUUCGUGCAGACCUACAAAAACGAAGGCUUUUGGGCGUUCUACAAAGGAUUCGUGCCAACGCUGUUCCGCAUGGGACCGUGGAAUAUCAUUUUCUUCCUCACCUAUGAACAGCUCCAACACCUGUACUAAGUAUUACUUGGGUAUUAAUUUUGUUGUUUUUAUUCUUCAAGAAGACGAAAUCUGUUGAUAGUAUUGUGAUUUUAGUGCACCUUUUAAGAUUUUAGUAUGUUGAAUUUAUUCGAUAUAAUGUAUAUGGCACAUGUUACGAAAAUAAACAAUUUAAUG